AUGGCAACUUUUACCACUUCUCCCAGCGUUGGGCAGGAAAAAUAUGAUGUUUUUGUAAGUUUUAGAGGUCCAGACACCAGACUUAGAUUUGUUAGCCAUUUGAGAAAGCAGUUUCGACAAAAGGGGAUAGAGGUUUAUGUUGAUGAGACGGCAGAGAGAGGAGAUACAAUAUCACCUGCACUUUCGGAAGCAAUAGAGAGAUCAAGAAUUGCGCUGGUGAUAUUCUCAGAAAACUAUGCCUCUUCAAGGUGGUGCUUAGAAGAGCUAGUGAAAAUCAUGCAAUGCAGGCGAGACCAUAGUCAGACUGUAAUUCCAGUUUUCUAUGAUAUAGACCCAUCACAUGUUAGGCAUCAAAGAGGGUCUUAUGAAGAUGCAUUUGUUCAGCAUCAUAACUGCAAAGUUGAUUCAAGGAAGUUGCAAGAUUGGAGAUCGGUUUUGAAAGAGACUGCAGACAUAUUUGGUUAUCAUAAUUCCUCAGAUUUUCAGUAA